UCGGAGAAGGUGAAGACUCUGCUGUAGCCAUGUCAAAAGCUAAACAAAAAAGAGCAAAGCGUCUCGGCUUUUUAGGAAAACAGAAGACCAAAGAUGGACAAAAAGGAGAUGCUUCAGGGCUGACAACGAAUAAAGGGCAGUCAUCUGUGCAGCAUGUCAAGGACCACAGAAAACCAGAGGAAAUCAGGAAGCAAAGGCUUCAGGAACUCCAAGAAAAGCAGAGAAUCUCCAGAGAAAGAGAGCUGUUGAAGAGGAGAAAUUUGCUAAGCUUUCAGAAUGACAUCCUACAGCGUCAGAAAGAAUUUGAAAUUAGGGAGACAGAGAUGCAGACUUUGGAGAAGCAUGUCAACUUUGAAAAUGAGAAUUCAAGAAAAGCUUAUUACAGAGAAUUUAAAAAGGUAGUGGAGGCAUCAGAUGUGAUUUUGGAAGUUUUGGAUGCUCGUGACCCUCUCGGCUGCAGAUGUCCUCAGGUGGAGCAGGCAGUCAUUCAAAGUGGAACCAACAAGAAGAUAGUGUUAGUGCUUAAUAAAAUUGAUUUGGUGUCAAAGGAAAUUGUGGAAAAGUGGAUCAAGUAUCUUCGUAAUGAGUUUCCUACUGUGGCUUUUAAAGCGUCUACUCAGCAACAGUCCAAGAACUUGAAACGCAGUAAUGUACCAGUGACACAAGCCACAACGGAGCUUCUUAGUAGCAGUGCUUGUAUCGGUGCAGAUUGCUUGAUGAAGCUGCUCGGUAACUACUGUCGCAACCUGGAUAUAAAGACAGCCAUCACUGUAGGUGUUGUAGGUUUUCCUAACGUGGGAAAGAGCAGUUUGAUCAACAGUCUGAAACGCGUCCGAGCGUGUAAUGUUGGAGCCACUCCUGGUGUCACCAAGUGCCUUCAACAGGUGCAUUUGGACAAACACAUUAAGCUGCUAGAUUGCCCUGGCAUUGUCAUGGCGACUUCAACAACUGAUGCAGCAAUGAUUCUUCGUAACUGCGUGAAAAUUGAACAGCUUGUAGAUCCCCUCCCACCAGUCGAAGCCAUCCUGCGACGCUGCAACAAGGAACAGAUCAUGGAGCACUAUGGAGUGCAAGACUUUCACACAGCUCUGGAGUUCUUGGCAUUACUCGCUCGACGUCAAGGCAAACUGAGGAAGGGAGGACUGCCCGACACUGACAAAGCAGCUAAAUGUGUCUUACUAGAUUGGACAGGAGGAAGGAUCAGCUACUUCACGCACCCUCCAGAGACACACACUCUUCCCACACACGUCAGCGCUGAGAUAGUUACGGAGAUGGGUAAAGCUUUUGACUGGGAUGAGCUUGAAAAAGGAAAUCAGGAGGCUCUCGCAGUGUCAUCUUGUCCUGAUGUCCAAAUGGGAUUCUGCAUGGAAACCACUGGAAUGACACAAGGUACACACGCUGAACCACCGCCAUACCUGGAAAUGGAAGGAGAGUCAGUGGAAGAGCCAGAAUUUCAAGAUGAAACUGAGUGUAUGGAGGAUGACAAUGACCCAGAGUUUGGGCCAAUGACAGUGGAGAUAAAAUCUCAGAAGUCAAAGUCUGACUCAGGUGCGAGUGAUGCUACACCCAAGGCUCCAAGUUUGAAGGAUAUCUUGUAUGUGGAUCCUCUACAGCAGGGCCAUGCACUUCUUGCUGCCAGCAAGAAGAGGAAGAAGCAACAGAAAAGAGCUGACAAACUUGCCACCAAACUCUCAGACACCUUGACAUCUGCAAUGGACUUCUCAUUUUCAGACAGUUGAUUAAAAUAAAAAUGUGAAAAGAA